AGAACUUGUCUCCCUGACUGCAACGUGGGCUGGGGGAAGAGAGCGCAAGUGCAACAUAGUGUCAGGCAAGGCUACAGCAACACUCACAUCACAACAACAUCCCAGAGCCCGCUGCACCAGAGGGACACAGAGGGACGACUGACCACUGUGAGGUGUUUGGUCCCUGUGUUUGUCUUCUACGGUGCAGCACUGGUCAAACUCAGACUUGUUUUACAGCAGAGGGCUGGUGUGUUUCUGAAGAGCAGUCUGACACUUGUAGCCUGCGAAAGGAUGGACCUGCUGUCAGAGAAGGACAAGGAGCUGAUCCGUGGCAGCUGGGAGAGCCUGGGCAAGAACAAAGUGCCUCAUGGUGUCAUCAUGUUCUCCAGACUGUUUGAGCUGGACCCCGAGCUCCUCACUCUCUUCUACCACAGGACCAAGUGUAGCUCCAGUCAGGACUGCCUCUCUAGCCCGGAAUUUGUGGAACAUGUGACUAAGGUGAUGCUAGUCAUUGAUGCUGCUGUCAGUAACCUUGAUGACCUGCCCUCGCUGGAGGACUUCCUGCUGAACUUGGGGAGGAAACACCAGGCUGUGGGAGUGCAUACACAGUCCUUUGCUGUGGUGGGAGAGGCCCUUCUCUACAUGCUGCAGUGCAGUUUGGGUCAGGCCUACACUGCGCCUCUGCAACAAGCCUGGCUCAACAUGUACAGCAUCGUUGUGGCGGCUAUGAGCCGAGGAUGGGCCAAGAACGGAGAGGACAAGGCCGACUGAAGCCCAGCGCUGCAACAGAUGCUGCCAAAUCACUCGACAUGGUUGCCAUGGAAGAAGGUUGUGUAACUUGCAACAUUGUGGCUUUGGCUGCUGUGCAUUUGCUCAGUGAGUGGGGUAGCGUAGCAUAGCAAAUGUAUGAUGUGGUUAAACAUGACAAUUGGAUUGACCGAAGCCUAGUUUAUUUUUGUUGUUGUGGAUGUUAGCUACCAGGCAAUGAUGCUGUACAGCUGUAAGGACCUGUGCCAACCCACUUUGGUUCUUAACGGUCUGGACAAAGUCCCAAGGAGGCAAGCAUCCAGGACCUAGCUGCCAAUCCACUUUGUAUAUAGUGGCUUAAAUUAUCUUCUGUACUGAUAGCAGUGACUGUUGUGGUCUCGUGUUGUAUCUUAAAGUUACACAUGUGUAAAUCACUUGAUAUUAUAUUUAGGCAUCAUAUACAACUGGAGCUGUGAUGACUACUGUGGCCAGGACUGGCAGCUGUCUAUCAACUGGAACACAGUUGUACUAACAUGAGACAACUGAUAAAGCAAUGCCACUUGGCACAACAUUUUCAUAACUACUGACCUACUGAUUACAAGCACAGAUCUACUAUAAUAAUAAUUGAAUAGAAGUGUUAUUUUUGAUAGCUUUCUAAAGUGAAUCAUGACUGUUAAGGCUUAAGUGCACCUUACUGACUGGUGUGCAAUGUGCUCCUUCUGUGAGCGUCUUGUUCCAAUAGGCUCUAGUGGACUGUUACCCUCAGCUCAGACUGUUAUGUGACCAUGGAGUUUGUAAGAGAAUGAUUUUGGGGGAUUUUUUGUCUUCUAGAAGGAUCAGGUUACUGUUAUUUUAUGUUUUUAGUGUAGCCCUGUGUGUACCUAUUGAAAGUAAUGUGGCUGCAGAUAACUUUACCUCAGAUCCAGAGGUGCGCUGUGACUAAGAGUGUGUGAAAACUUACAGACCGAGGAUAUUUAUGUGAAAUUUAAUGUGAAAAUAUCAUAUACAAUAACUCAUAACGUCUGCUGUCUGUAUACGUGUUCUAUAUACCUUCUCUAUAGCACUGUAUGGAACAUCCUUGGCUGUUAUUUACAUGUAUGGUCAUAAUGCCAAGUAACUUAGCAACAGUGUGCUAAGUAUUUCAUAAUAUCAACUGUUAAUCCAAGCUGCUGAUAUGUGGUUACCAUUGCUUUAGGAUGAGUUUACAUGUAAACAAUUAUUUUUAUAUCUUAUAUUUAUCCGUAGUUAAGAGCAUUUACUUUUGGACAGAUUUAAUGUACAGCACACUAUACACUAUAAAGUCUAAAGCUUAUGAGUAAUUGUAAUAUUUUGAGUAAAUAUAUUACUAUAUCACAUGCACUGUCUCUGGAUUACACUUUUGAUAGUGAGAGCCAGUGCUACAGUUCUCAUUGUCUUACAUGUUUGAGUGCUGCCACCGGCAUUUGUAAUGUUAGUUAACUGUGUAUAGGUGGCAUAUAUAUUUAUAAAGUCACACAUUAAAAUAACUACUCUUUAAUUAGCCUUAAUAAAGCAUGAAUUUAUAAUGAAGUAGUUCAUUAAGAAGGAUUCAGGCUUAGUAACUGCUUAAUUAAAAUCCUCUCUCCUAACCCUAGCCUACUUAAUUAAGUAGUUACUAAGCCGGUAUCAAUAAGACUUGCUUUAUUAGGGUUAAUUAAGGUGUAGUUAAUAAAAUGUGGCACCAUUUGCAGUGAAUAUUUUCUUAUCCUAUGCAGGACUUUUGUGCUUUUGUUCCCAAUUAACCCCAAUCUCUUUUUUAAUAUUUAUGAGCAUUUCAAACUGUUAGCAUGCUACCUAUAGUUUGAUAUCUUUACAUUUUUGGCUGUGUUUCUGUCUACCUCAUUAUUAUUGGCUGCUAGCUACUAAAACCAACCAUGAUGACUAGUUACGAUCCUACAACCAAAAAAGUCAUGAACGCACAUUUUGGAUGGACUGUUUGUCACCGGAUUUGAUAACCACUGCUGUGCUUGUUUGUGUUGCAGUAAUAAAGUCUUAUAUGUGGUAUCAGUG